GGAAAAAUUUUCAGUCUACAACGCAGUUUCAAUAGGUGAAGCACAAUAAUCUGUUUAUGAUAAACAAAAUUUCAACAAAAUUUGGUCAUACAAAUAAGAAACACGAAGAAAUUUGUAAAUUCUAUUCAUUUAGCGAAGUGCAUCGAAAUACCGAAGAUGUUUAGCGUGUAAUCUCUGCAAUUCAUAACCUAGAAAAACGAUCCGUAAAUAUUAUGAAAAUCGACAAGUGAAUUUGCUGAUAGUAAUCAUUUCGUUCAAUUAAAUAAAUAAAUAAAAAUUGAGGAAAAAUUGAACGUUUUGUGAAAAAUAAAAUUUUUUAUUUCAAAUUCGAGUCGAAUUCGAGGCUUGAAAAGUCAAUAGUUAACGCCAAAGAGCUCGCAGUUCAAAAAUAUAUUCGCCGAAAUAGUUAAGUCGCAGUUACAUAAUUUGUUUUCAUAAAUAUAAUUUGAAAACCAUCCGAUCAUAAAACAUUAUCGCAACCGUUUGUAUUGAAUUUCGGUAAAUUUCAGUUUUGAAAAGAAAAUUGACAAUAAUUUCGGUUGUCGGUUCAUCGGAAACAUACAUUCUUUAAAUGAAUGCCAUUAUACACGUACGCACCGAGUCGUGGUCGACGUAGAAAAUGUGAAAAAGUGAAUAGGAGAACAUUGUGUUAAGAAACUCUCGAGACGAAAUAAAAUAUUUUGAGAUUUUUUUUAUCGUUCUCAUUGCUCAGUCACAUAUAAAUAUCGCGACUGCAUCAUUCAAAUUUAUUUUUAACAUUGGACUUUGCAAGUUUCAAACCAAUGAGUAGAAUGUAAACAAGAAACAAUUUUUUUUUUGAUAAAGGAAAAGAAAAUCAUUUCGACUGUGAUAACGUAGAGUGCGAACAAGUUUUCUCUAGUACAAAAAACAAAUCAAGACUCGUUUGUGGUUCUUUUUAAGCGUAAAACGAAUAUAAUACAAAAAAAAACCGCGAUAAGAACUGAGAUAUCGUUGAUAGAGAUGUCACAACGUGAACGAGAUACCAUCAUUCAUCUGCUUGCGGGCGGAGUUGCUGGAACAGUUGGCGCCAUCGUUACAUGUCCACUAGAAGUUGUAAAAACGCGACUACAAAGUUCAUCUGCCUUCCUAUAUCCGCCUAGAGUUCCCGAUCAGAAGGGCAAAGGUUCACCGAAAUCAGCGAAAGGAGUUCUGAGACCCGAACAGAGACAACAGCUAUGCAAUACUCUAUUAAGGAAACGACCACAGGUUCUUGCCAUAUCACAAUGCGGAAUGUCAUCAGCACCAAAUCGAGUUAGCAUUAUACAAUGUCUACGACUGAUUGUACAAACGGAAGGUUCACGGGCUCUGUUUAAGGGACUCGGACCGAACAUCGUUGGUGUAGCGCCAUCCCGUGCCAUUUACUUCUGUGCUUACUCUCAAACCAAGGCGUUUCUGAACAAAUUACAAAACUUCCCCACAGAUUCUCCUCUAGUUCAUAUACUUAGCGCAUCAUGUGCUGGUUUCACAGCAGCCACAUUCACAAAUCCAAUUUGGUUCAUUAAAACAAGGUUGCAGUUGGAUUACGAUGCCAAAAAUAAAAUGACAGUACGACAAUGCAUACAACGAAUAUACAAAACGUCUGGUUUGAUUGGAUUUUACAAAGGAAUCAGUGCCAGCUAUUUUGGAAUAUCAGAAACAGUUAUUCAUUUUGUGAUUUAUGAGGCGUUAAAGGCUAAAUUAAUUGAAUUGCGGGAAACACAUCCGAGUGAGGGUAAAACAUCCCGUGACUUCGCUGAAUUUAUGGUAGCUGGGGCUGUGUCAAAGACUGUUGCUUCGUGUAUUGCCUAUCCACAUGAAGUAGCACGAACAAGACUUCGUGAGGAGGGUAACAAAUAUCGUAGUUUUUGGCAAACAUUACACACAGUGUGGAAAGAAGAAGGAAAAGCGGGAAUUUACCGCGGACUCGGCACGCAACUUGUGCGUCAAAUACCAAAUACAGCAAUUAUGAUGGCCACUUAUGAGGCAGUUGUCUACGUUUUAACAACACACUUCAAUAGUGAAUUUUACGCAUAGUACUGAGUUUUCAAAUUGAAAAAAAAAUUAUUUAAAAGAAAAAAAAAUUAAAAGAAAAUAUGAAAAAAAAUGCGCUUCUCAUAGGAGUUUAAAAUCGAAAAGUUACAAGUCAUUAAAUACACGAAAUACAAAUUAAAGCAAGCACACAACUAUGAUAGUUUUUAGUCUGCGUUUGUUCGAAAAUUCAACAUAUAAACUUAGUGCAUCAGCUCCAAUCAGUUGAAAUGUUUUACUAAUACCAAACUGAUAUGUAGACCUAUGCUUCGUUUUUAAUUAUUAUUUUUUUCUCUUUUUGAUCUUAAAUGUGAUCUUCCUAUGGCAUAAUUUUUACAAAAAAAGAAGAAAUUUUGUUUUGUGUUCCGGUUUACCUUAUACUAAAAUUAUUGUUCUUUCUUGGUAUGAGAAGACCCAAUUUGACUAUACAAAGGCUGCUGUUACACAUCGUUUUUUAAGGUUAAUUAAUUCUGAACAUAUUUUGUAGUUUUUAAGGUGAUUAAUUUAGGCUUAUUAUGUAAAUGGCAUAGAGAGGGAAUAUUUCAUCCCUAAAAAGUUUUCCAAAAAGAAAAAAAAAGAAAAAAAAUUAUAAAUUCGAAUAGAAGAGAUUUACUCAAUCGAUCCUUUUCGGUAGUUGUAAAACGCUAAAAAUCCAAUUAUAUAUUUUUAAUACGACGAGAAUAAAGCAAAAAAAAGUGAAAUUUGAAAGAAAAUUUUUAAUAUUUUUACGUUUAA